GUUCCCCUGCCCUGGCUGGCUCUGCUUGGGCUCAGGGGCUGCUAGCACCCGGGGCUCCGCCCAGGCCCUGCUGGGAAAGCAGGAAGAGAGAGGCCCUGCCCCAGGCUGCACAGCCUGUUGCACUCAGGAAAGUGAAACCAGCUGAGCUGCUGCUGCUCCUCUCUGCCCAGGAGCCAUGGCUGCGGGGGACCUGGCAGGGAGCAUCCAGGAGGAGCUGACCUGCUCCGUAUGUCUGGACUAUUUUAUGGAUCCGGUGACUCUUGACUGUGGGCACAACUUCUGCCGCGCCUGCAUCGACCAGUGCUGGGGGGAGUCGGAGCCAAACUGCUGCUGCCCCCAGUGCAGGGAAACGGCCCCGCGGAGAAACCUGCGGCCCAACCGGCAGCUGGGCAACGUGGUGCAGCUGGUGAAGGGGCUGAGGCUGCAGGCGGAGAAGGAGCCCGAGGGGCAGCGCAUGUGCGAGAGGCACCAGGAGCCUCUGAAGCUCUUCUGCGAAGAGGACGAAGCCCCCAUCUGCGUGAUCUGCAGGGAGUCCCGGGCGCACAGAAAUCACACAGCGGUUCCCAUCGAGGAGGCUGCUCAGGACUACAAGGAGCAAAUCCAGAGCCACGUGGAGCGCCUGAGGCAGCAGAGAGAGGAGCUGCAGGGCCUGAAACGCGCCUGGGAGCAAGAGACCAGAAAGCUCCUGAGGCAGACGGAUCUGGAGAGGCAGCUGGUGGUGUCUGAGUGCAAUGGGCUGCGCCAGCUCCUGGAUGAACGCGAGCGUGUCCUCCUGGCCCGGCUGGGGGAGCUGGAUGCAGAAAUUGUCAGGAGGAGGGAGGAAAAUGCCACUUGCCUGCACGACGAGACUGCCCGCCUGAGUGCCCUGAUCACGGAGCUGGAGGGGAAGUGCCAGCAGCCAGCGCCUGAGCUCCUGCAGGAUGUCAGAAGCACUGUGAGCAGGGCCAAGGAGGGGACACCUUUGCAUCCAGCCCCCAAGUUCCCUGAGCUGGAGAAGACAAUCUGGGAUUUCCCUGGAGAGAACAAGCUGGAGGAGGCUCUGACGGGAUUCCUGAAGGGGCUGGCUGAAGAGAAAGAAUUCAGAAGAGCCCGAGGACACGCAGUGGACGUGACCUUCGACCCAGACACGGCAAAUGCCUACCUCGUCCUGUCUGAGGAUCGGAAAUGUGCGAGGGACACGGACACGCAACAGGAUCUGCCUGACAACCCUGAGAGAUAUGACACUGACGCAGAAGUCCUGGGCUCUGAGGGGUUCACAGGUGGGAGGCACUACUGGGAGGUGGAGGUGGGAGACAAGUCGGCCUGGGCUCUGGGCGUGUGCAGGGAGUCUGUGGACAGGAAGGGGGGGGCCAUACUGGCACCUAAGGAAGGAUACUGGACUCUGUGGUUGCAGGAUGGGAAAUACGAGGCUCUCACCUCUCCCUCAACGCCUGUCCCCCUGCGGGUGCAGCCCACACGGAUGGGGGUUUUCCUGGACUAUGACUCGGGCAAGGUCUCAUUUUACAACGUGACUGAUCGGUCCCACCUCUUCACUUUCACUGACACCUUCUCCGGGAUCCUGCGCCCAUAUUUCUAUACUGGUGUCUUUGAUGGCACCAACACAGCUCCCUUGAUCUUGUGCCCGGUCCCAGCCCAGCCCUGAGGGAAUCGCUGUCACUGCCAUGACACAUGUGGCACACGCUGUCCCCUCCCAGCCCUGCCCGACUGCCAGUCCCUCCAAUAGAGCUACUUCAGCCUGGACCCUGUUGCUGUCCUGCGCCUCAGGGUUCAUCUCCCAAUCCCCAUAUUCACAUCAUUGCCCACUUGAAAAUCAUCUUUCUGCAGUUUCCCUGGGUUUAUAACUUAGUUGCUUUAUUGGCUUCUUACACCCCAUGUCUUCACCCCCCCAGCUCCCCACUUGUUCCUCUGCUCCCUGUCUUAUAUUAAAAAAAAUUGUCGGACAGUCUGUUUCCUGCACUU